AUCAACAUAAUCACAUUUAUACUUACACUAUCCUUCACCCUUACCAUCAUCCUAAUCACACUAAACUUCUGACUUGCUCAAACCAACCCAGACUCGGAAAAACUCUCCCCAUACGAAUGCGGCUUCGACCCCCUCGGGUCUGCCCGACUCCCAUUCUCAAUUCGCUUCUUCCUAGUAGCAAUCCUAUUCUUACUAUUCGACCUAGAGAUCGCACUUCUACUCCCACUUCCCUGAGCUAUCCAACUUCAAUCGCCCACCACCACCCUUACCUGAGCCUCUAUCAUCAUCAUUCUACUCACAGUAGGACUAAUCUAUGAGUGAAUUCAAGGGGGCCUAGAAUGAGCAGAAUAG